AUGCCGGGCACAUCACCGCUGCCUUUGAGCUUGCAGAGCAAGUUGCAGAAGGCUCGAGCACUACCGUCAUGGCAGAGAAUAGUCAACAAUCUAAACCUUAUUCGUCAACUCCUUCUUGUAUUCUUCAUCCUCCGCUUCGUUCAAAGAUCGUUCUACUUCCUCCGUGGUCAUGGCGUCCUCGGUUCGAUUGCCAUAGUUUACCAUGCUGCUCAUAAACAACUCUAUCGAACCUUCCUAUCCCUACCAGGCGUGCGAAGCAAAGUCGACAAGCAAGUUGAAUCAGCGAGGAAGGAUCUAGAGGCGAAAUUGACGGGCUUCGAUGAAAAGGUUAACCGAUACAGGCAGCUGCCGAAAGAGCCAUGGACACAGGAACAACUGAAGACUGAGCUUGGACAGCUAGCAGCCAUUAAACGCACAAGAUGGGAGGAAGGCAAAGUCUCAGGUGCAGUCUAUCACGGCGGAGAGGAAUUGCUGGAGAUCCAGGCCGAAGCCAUGAAACUGUUCAGCGUCUCGAAUCCUAUACAUGCAGAUGUUUUCCCUGCAGUACGAAAGAUGGAAGCUGAAAUUGUGGCAAUGGUCUUGAGCAUGUUCAAUGCUCCAGGAUAUGGUGCUGGUGCAACAACUAGCGGCGGCACUGAGAGCAUUCUCAUGGCUUGUCUAAGUGCAAGGAAUAAGGCAAGAACAGAAAGAGGUGUGAGAUACCCAGAAAUGAUCAUUCCAAGUACAGCACAUGCUGCAUUCCAUAAGGCGGGACAAUACUUCGGCAUCACCGUCAACCUCGUGCAUUGUCCUGGACCAGAUUACACUGUACCCAUUCACAAGGUCAGAAGAUUCAUCAACCCGAACACAAUAUUACUGGUCGGCAGUGCGCCAAAUUAUCCUCAUGGCAAUAUCGACAAUAUACCUGCACUCUCACGGUUAGCGAUACAACACAAACUACCGCUUCAUGUGGAUUGCUGCUUGGGUUCUUUCUUAAUGCCUUGCUUGGCUAAAGCAGGCUUUCCAAGUCCAUAUGCAGAUGAAGGUGGAUUCGACUUUAAGCUCCCGGGAGUUACAAGUAUUUCUGUCGAUACGCACAAGUACGGAUUUGCACCAAAGGGCAACUCUGUCAUUCUAUACAGGAACAAGCAGUUGCGUCAGUACCAGUAUUUCAUCUCCCCUGACUGGUCGGGUGGUGUUUAUGGCUCACCCUCGAUAGCUGGCAGCAGACCAGGUGCUCUCAUCGCAGGAGCCUGGGCUAGUAUGAUGGCUAUAGGUGAAAAGGGUUACAUCGAUGCCACGCACAAGAUUGUCAGCACGAGGAUCACAAUACAGAAUGCGAUCAAAGAGCAUCCUGUGCUCAAGGAGGCAUUGACCGUUAUGGGUGAUCCUAUGGUAUCUGUGAUCGCAUUUGAGUCUGUCGACAAAGCAAUUGAUAUCUACGACGUCGCCGAUGCCAUGUCUGCGAAAGGCUGGCACUUGAACUCGGUGCAGGAUCCACCAGGGUUACACGUCGCCGUUACUCUACCUAUGACUAAAGAUGGUGCUGUCGACAGCCUGAUCGAGGACUUAGUCGAGAUCAUCAAGAAGGAGAAAGAGAGAGUUGCACAACAAGCACAGGCAGGCACCCUUAUCGAGGCGAGGAAGAAGGGAAAUCAAGCUCAGUUGUAUGGUGUUGCUGGAAGCUUACCAGAUAAGAGCAUCGUGGAAAGAAUUGUUGUUGCAUAUUUGGAUACAUUGUACCUGGCGUGA